ACUUUUUGAAACUUCAUUUAACUGCCAAGACGGUUUGCUCUUGCUCCGGGUCGAAACGAAACCGUUGUGUCCAAAAGCUGUAUGAAUAGUUGUUAUUAGUUGUAGUUUAUUGUUGUUUUAUCUGUUAAUUCGUAAGAUUUUUAAAAAUGCCCAAAGAUGAUAAAAACAGUAAUCAAAUACCGGAAAUUAUGUAUGAUGCGAAUACGAAAACGAUCUACAAAAAAAGGGAGUUCUUUGGGAGGGGAGGUUUUGCAAACUGUUAUGAAAUUGUAAAUUCUUCUACAAACCAAACAUAUGCUGGAAAAAUAGUAUCAAAAAAGCUUAUGGUUAAGGAAAACCAGAAGGAAAAAAUAACUCAAGAAAUUCAGAUUCAUCAAUCUCUUCGCCACAAAAACAUUGUUGGAUUCUAUGGAUUCUUCGAGGACCAAUUCAAUAUUUAUAUUGUCCUAGAAUUAUGUAGAAAAAGAUCAAUGAUGGAACUCCACAAGAGGAGAAAGGCCCUCACAGAGCCUGAAACUAGAUAUUACAUGAAACAAAUACUCCACGGAGUUACAUAUCUACAUGAGCGUAGAAUUAUCCAUCGGGAUCUGAAAUUAGGAAAUUUGUUCUUAGAUGAUGAACUACAUGUUAAAAUAGGAGAUUUUGGUUUAGCUGCUAAGAUAGAAUAUGAUGGUGAACGUAAAAAGACCCUUUGUGGAACCCCAAAUUAUAUUGCUCCAGAAAUAUUGAAUAGAAAGGGUCAUUCCUUCGAGGUUGAUAUAUGGUCAGUAGGUUGCAUAAUGUAUACUCUGUUGAUUGGCAAACCUCCCUUUGAAACAACGAAAUUGAAGGAGACUUAUGAAAGAAUAAAAAAAUGCGAAUAUAGCAUCCCUAAAUUAGUUCAGCCUGCUGCCAAACAUAUGAUAAUGGCGAUGCUACAACAAGAUCCUAAACUUCGACCAAAAGUUCAACAGUUAUCACAUCACGAGUUUAUUACAUCAGGAUAUUGUCCCACUGUUUUACCAGUGAGUUCACUGAUUAUGGAGCCAAGAUUCAACCAGAUGGAAAGUGGAAACCGUAAACCAUUGUCUGAACUUACUUCUGCUAAUGCAGGGGAACCUAUGAUAACUUCUCCUCAGAAAGACAUUCACAACUCUAUUGCAGCAGCGGGCAAUGCUGGAAAUGCAAAUACUUUCAAUGCAAAGGAAAACUUCAUUAUUCUCAGGAAUAUGAUCGGAAAGGUUUUGAAAACCAAGCCCGCCAGAAAAGAAAAAUUCUUGGAUGAAAUGUCGGAUCCUGCCGCUCAGCCAAUAAUUUGGAUUUCAAAAUGGGUUGACUAUUCAGAUAAAUACGGAUUCGGCUAUCAACUGUCAGAUGAAAGUGUGGGAGUUAUGUUUAAUGAUAUGACAAAACUGAUAAUGUUACCUAAUCAAAUAAAUGUUCACUAUGUUGACCGACAGGGAGUAGAAGUUUACAUGACCCUAGAAAAUUAUCCUGCACAAUAUGAGAAAAAAAUCAAACUUCUCACAUACUUUAGCCGCUAUAUGCGGGAACAUUUAAUAAAGACUGGUGCUGAUGAAGUGAAAGAAGCCGACACAAUGACGAGAACUCCCCAUUUACAUCAGUGGUGUAGGUCCACAUCUGGAGUCCUCAUGCAACUCACAAACGGCACAGUACAGUUCAACUUCACAGACCACACGAAAAUCAUUUUGUGCCCCCUCAUGGCUGCAGUAACUUAUAUAGAUGACGACAAAUCAUUCCGUACAUUCAGGUUUUCUUCUAUUGAGAAAAAUGGUUGUUCAACUGGUCUCUACGAAAAAAUGAAAUAUGCUUAUGAUAAAUUUAAUGUGUUAUUGGAAUGUUAGAUAUUGAAUGUUUUAGUUCAAAGUGAAUAAAAUGAACAAUUAAAUUUUUUUAAACUUG